AAUCGAUUCCUUUGGAUCAAUUUCUCCCUUUUUCAGAUUAUUCUAUUUCUCCUACUAAUGACUUUGCAGAAAUUCAACAUUUUCCAGGUUUUCCUCUGAUCCCAACCCAAAACAAAAGCUAUGAAGUUCAUACAGAGAACUCUAAUUUCACAAUCCUGUUGACGAGCAAAUUUCAAAAUUCCUGUUUCCAUGCUCAUUUUCCACUCAAAUCUCACUAUGAUUCCUUUCUAAUUUCUCGAAUCCACCUGGGUUUUCUCAGAUUUUGCGUUUUCUAUCCAUGGAACCACCAUUGCCGAGUUUGAGUCUACUUCUUUUGUGCUUCGUCUUCUUCAUCUCUGCUUCUAUCUUAGUUGACUCACAAUCACACGAUUCAUCCAUUUCUCCUCCACCUCCUCCACCUCCUCCGCCGCCGCCGCCUCAACCCUUAACUCCACCGCCACCUCCGGUAAGGGUCCAGAGUAACAAGACGAUUCACGAGAAGCAUCACCGAAGAAAAAAAUGGAGACAGAGAAGGAACCAAAAUCAUCAACGGCCACGGAAGCAGAAGCUGAACAAAGGAAAGACGGUGGGGUUUUUCUUCGCCGGUGUAGCGGCAGCUUUGCAAGUAGUUGUUGCUGCUUUCUUGCUUCUCAAAAGAAGACAGCUUCUUGUCAAGAUCAAUGAUAAUAUACACUGAGUCAGUUAAAACCUUACAGCUACACAAAUAGAGAUUCGAAAGCUCAUUAGGCCAUCUUCUUCUUGCGAUCUGGAUCUUGUCACAGUAAUCGACAUUUUCGAAAGAGCAUUUGCGGAUCUUUUCAGUUGGAGUUAAGUCAUCUCAAUUUUGGUCAUCUUUUUAUCUGUAAAGUUAGUCUUUUUGACAACCUCUACGAUGGAAUUACACACGUAUAAUUGUUGUUUUUGAUCUGAUUAAUCAAAAUGUUCUGAUGAAGUUUCAGUUUGCUGCUUAGAAUCUUCUGGUCUCAAUCUGGAACCAGUCUUUGUUUGUUAAUUAUGUUAAUGAAAAUUCAUAGAUUCU